CUCCCCUUAGGCUGCUCUAAGGUUGAUGGAUCAACUCUACCCAAAGUCUUGCAGAAGAGGCAGGAGCUGAGCUGAUUAGCCCCAGGAGUGGACAAGGCAGAAUAACUUUUGUGUAUGUCUAGAAGACAGGGCAUGGGAAAGAGAAACAAGAUUGGUGGGGGCUACUGUUAAAUCAGAAAAUCUCAGCCAUCAAAUGGACUGUUCCCUGAACCCUCACAGAGAUGGGAACUGAACUGCAAUCCAGCAAAGAGACAUCCAGAAACAAGAGGAAGGAAACUGUGGUGCUUCUUCACCACUCGUGAAGCUUUCCUCCUGCAGUUAUUAUUGAUGUAAUCAUUAUUGGAUAAGUCCGGAGAGAAAGACAGACACCAGCAGAACUGCUUCACCACCUGUGAAGCGACUCCCCUGCAGGCACCUGUGUACAGGAGACUGUGGCCAGUCAACUCUCUCGUGGCCCCUGGAGCUGCUGAAUUUACCUAGGACCUCUGAAAGCUGCCAGAUUGUGGUUACCUUGAGAGCCCCUGACGGGACACUCAACAUCAAGGUUUGUGGAUGGCCGCUCAGAGCUCGUGACUGCCGUGAAGGAAGCAUUGCAUCUCUAGUUUGCCAUCACACACUCUUCCCUGUGCACCAUGAGCCAGCCAGAGGCCGCGGAGGACCCUGAGCCCAGCCCCACAGCCCUGUGCACUGUGUGCGGUCAGGCCCACUCCCUCGAGGAGAACCACGUUUACAGCUACACAGAGGAUGUGGAUGAUGACCUCGUUUGCCACAUCUGCCUGCAGGCUCUGCUCGACCCAAUAGACACUCCCUGUGGCCACACCUACUGCGCUCUCUGCCUCACCAACUUCCUGCUGGAGAAGGACUUCUGCCCUGUGGACCGCCAGCCCGUGGUCCUGCAGCGCUGCAAAAGGUCCAAUAUCCUGGUCAACAAACUCCUCAAUAAGCUGCUGGUCACCUGCCCCUUCACUGAGCACUGUGACGCAGUACUGCAGCGAGGCGACCUCCAGCAGCACUUUCAAACCAGCUGUAAAGGUGCCUCCCACUACGGCCUGACUAAAGACAGGAAGAGGCGCUCCCAAGAUGGCUGUCCAGAAGGCUGUGUGAGCCUCACAGCAUCAGCCCUUUCCCCAGAGGUUUCUGCAGCUGCCACCAUCUCCUUAUUGACGGACGACCCUGGCCUAGACAACCCUGCGUACGUGUCCGCAGUGGAGGAGGGAUUACCAGCAAACAGUCUGUCGGACUCUGGCCGGAGCAACCGAACUAGAGCACGGCCCUUUGAACGAUCCACUAUCCGAAGCAGAUCUUUUAAAAAAAUAAAUCGAGCUUUGAGUGUUCUUCGGAGGACAAAGAGUGGAAGUGCCGUUGCCAACCAAGCUGACCAGAGUAGAGACCAUUCUGAAAAUACUCCUGCUCCUGAAAUAUUUCCAAGGUUGCACCACCUGAUUCCAGAUGGGGAAAUUACCAGCAUCAAGAUCAAUAGGGUGGAUCCCAAUGAAAGCCUCUCCAUUCGGCUUGUGGGAGGCAGUGAGACCCCCCUGGUUCAUAUCAUCAUCCAACACAUUUAUCGUGAUGGAGUGAUUGCCAGAGAUGGCCGGCUUCUACCAGGAGACAUCAUACUAAAGGUCAAUGGGAUGGACAUCAGCAACGUGCCCCACAACUAUGCCCUGCGCCUGCUCCGACAGCCCUGCCCAGCCCUGCGGCUGACGGUCCUACGAGAGCAGAAGUUCCGAAGCAGGAGCAGCGGGCAGGUCCUGGACAUCUCUGGACCCCGGGAUGACAGCUUCCAUGUGAUUCUCAACAAAAGCAGCCCCGAGGAGCAGCUUGGAAUCAAACUGGUGCGCAAGGUGGAUGAGCCCGGAGUGUUCAUUUUCAAUGUGUUGGAUGGUGGUGUGGCCGAUCGGCAUGGUCAGCUGGAGGAGAACGACCGGGUAUUAGCCAUCAACGGACAUGACCUUCGAUAUGGCAGCCCGGAGAGCGCAGCUCACCUGAUUCAGGAAAUCAACUGGAACAGGAGCAGCAUCCGGUCCCCGGAGCCAGAGGACAGGAGCAACUCUCCCAAGCCCUUGCAUCCUGCUGUCACUUGCCACGAGAAGGUGGUCAGUGUCCAAAAGGACCCCAGCGAAUCUCUCGGCAUGACGGUGGCAGGGGGAGCCUCGCAUAGGGAGUGGGACUUGCCCAUCUACGUCAUCAGUGUAGAGCCUGGAGGAGUCAUAAGUAGGGAUGGAAGAAUAAAAACAGGUGACAUUUUGUUGAAUGUGAAUGGGAUUGAACUAACAGAGGUCAGCCGGAGUGAGGCUGUGGCAUUAUUAAAAAGCACAUGCUCCUCGGUGGUACUUACAGCCCUGGAAGUCAAAGAAUGUGAGUCCCAGGAAGAUGGCAGCAGCCCUUUAACCCUGGAUUCCAACCACAACAUGGCCCCACCCGCUGACUGGUCCCCCUCCUGGGUCAUGUGGCUGGAAUUACCACGGUACUUGUACAACUGUAAAGAUGUUAUAUUACGAAGAAACACAGCUGGAAGUCUGGGCUUCUGCAUUGUAGGAGGCUAUGAAGAAUACAAUGGAAACAAACCAUUUUUUAUCAAAUCCAUUGUGGAAGGAACACCGGCAUACAAUGAUGGAAGAAUUAGAUGUGGCGAUAUUCUUCUUGCUGUCAAUGGAAGAAGUACAUCGGGAAUGAUACAUGCUUGCUUGGCAAGGAUGCUGAAGGAACUUAAAGGAAAAAUUACUCUCACUAUUGUUUCCUGGCCUGGCACAUUUUUAUAGUCAAAUGAUAAGACAGAGGGAAAAAAAAAGAAAAACAGAAAAAUCACAAAUAGGCCAUGCUGAAAAACUGUAUCUUGUCAAUUUUGUAUUUAAAUAGUUACACUGUAAAAAUGUAAAAUUUAAUGCCAAGUAAAGUGUGGUCUAAUGACAGCCAAUUACACCUCAGAAAUUUAAUUCUCAAAACAAACAUUACUAACAGUUUUUAUUCAGCGUGGAGGAAUUCUCAUUCUGUAACUUUUAAGUUUAUAUUUUUCUAAUGAAUAAAAACGAUCUUAGAAUUGUUCAUAUGCUCACAAUAAAGUUAAAGAUAGACCUUAAACUGGUAUAUGCUAAGGUCUGUAGUGGGUAAAUUAUAGACCUUUUAUUUAUUUAUUUAUUUUGAACCAGAGCACCCAUCAGCUCUGGAUACUGGUAGGACCUCUUUGUGCAAGUUCCAUGUGCUAUCACUGUUCUAGCUCCCUUGUCCCUAAGUUAUAGAUAUCAUAAAAAUAACCUUAAGUCACAGAAUUUUAAAAUUGCACUGCUGAAAAAUGCUUUUCAUGAAAUGAGAAAUAAAAAAAUUUUUUUUCCAGAAA